AUGCACCGUGCAAGCAAGACAUGCUCCACCAUCCCACCCUCCUGUUCAGAUGUCGAGAUGGCCCAGCACGACUCAGAUGCGAGCUCGACAACAUUAUCAAGACUGCAGUCAUCACAACCAACAGCAGCAUCACCAUUGCCCAACACACCUGGGGAGCUUUUUACUGCCACCAGCGAGGUUGCCGAACUCCCUACCCACCUUGCACGCCAACUUGUCCCUCAGUACAAUGAACGACAGACAAAUAUAUCAGACAAAUUCAGUGCUGCUAUAACAAGCACCAGCAAGACAAUCGACUAUACCCAAACAGAAACAACGUGGACAAGGGUGCCAUGGUCUCAGCGCACAACAGGGACGCGCUUACCACAGCGACUACCAAUUCAGAACAACAGUCUCAGAGGAAAGAUCAAUUACUACAACAACCACCCGCAGAACAAUCAGCGCCCAUACAACAACAACAGAAACAACAACGGCAGCACCAACAGCAAUAGCAACAAUCCGGCCAACAAUAAUGUCAUGCUGGUAUCUGCCAUGUCGAUUGGCACAAAGGAUAUACGCGGACACAAGCCGUUUUGA